CUUGCCGAUAUGGCAGGCCAAUUCGAAUCCGAGCUCUGCCAUGUUCUUGUCGAAGAGCAUUUUGGCAAAACUGUUGCUCUUGUAGCAGCUACGGUGCAUGCAGAAUCUGGACCACUCCCUCAUAUUAUGUAUCGACUCAGAGGUCGAGUGAAACUCAACGUGAAAAAGUCCCUAGCUAUUCUAAUUCAACACUCAAUCGUCGACUUUAAGAUUGAUUCCUCGAACAGGUUGAUGUAUUCUGUCGAUAGGAAAGCAAUUUUGGCAUUUUCCAAGAACGGUUUCAGAUGCUGUUUAAUAGUAAAAACGUUAUACGGAGGACUGGCUGAAGCCAUAUGUGAAGAGCUAUUCAGUUAUGGUCGGCUUACCGCUUCGGACACCAUUCGCAAGGUUUCAGCUCGAAUGGAGCAGCCUUUGACUGAUGCGAGUUUUACCAAAAAGAAGUUUUGUCGAUUGAGUGAGGCUCAAUUUAUCAUGAGAUGCCCGCCUGUGGUUUCUUCGAUGAAGGGAUGCCCACAGUUUGAGAGUACUUUUGACCCGUUCAUUAUGCCGGAGGUAUCAGAUGAAUCCAAGAAGCGAAAGGCACAGCAACCUGAGGGUGAUGAAGGCAUUUAUUGGCGAAUCAACUGGACUCGUUUUGAUCGUUAUAUUCGCGAUGAGAUGACACUUGAACUUUCAACAGGAGAGGGCUCGUCCUUCCACUUAUCACAAACAGUACGAUCCCUUCUGAAGGCGAAUGAAGUUCGAGUGUCUCCGGUUGCGACAAUUAACACUACUCCGAUAUCGCUUUUCGAUAUGAUGCGGUGUGCGAAAGAAAACGAGCUUGGUAUCGAGCGACCGGAUCUGGAAAAAUCUCUGCGAAUCCUUGUAGAUGAUUCGCAUGGUGUAGUUCGGAGGUCAGGCGAUAGUGGUGGAGGACUGUACAUAAUAGAUUUUGAACGCGCUACGGAACAAAUUUGUCAAUAUCAUAUUGAAUCAUUAAUUCGGGAACAGCUGGAGACCAGGGCAGUACGCAUUUUUCGCCUUCUCCAGCAGAAAGGACAUCUCGAAGAGGACCAAAUUGAGAAGUUGACGAUGAUGAGUGGGAAGGAAACACGCGAGCUGCUGUAUGCAAUGCUUGAAGAAGGGUACAUCCAUACUAAGCCUAUUGGUCGUACAAACGACUUUGCUCCAGCCCGUACCUUUGUGUUGUACUAUGUUGACUUACCGCAGACAGUACGAGGCCUUGUUGAGUACACUUGUAAGCAUCGAUUGCUAAUAGAACGACAAGUGAAAAUGGAAUCGAUCAUAGAGACGAUAAAUGCUGACGAAACGCUUGAUGAGGAGACCAGGAAACAGCAGAUGGCUGAAGUGGAGGAGAUGUAUAUGUCGACAGCUGACCGACAGUUAUUGGAGAAGUACCGACGAGGGCAAACACUUCUUAAUGCCGCUGAAACGGAAUGUGAACGGGCGUUAUUCGCUUUCCGACUAUUUGUUGAAUAUUCUCAGAGAAGAUGUUAA